AUGCAAGAGGGUGGGCAGCUGGGGCUGGGAAGAGUGAGCGUGAGCUUGAGAGUCAGCGUCAGUGUGAACAUCAGUGCUGGGGCCAGCAGGAAGACCAGGAAGAAGGAAGGGGGGGCCCUCUGGGCCCAGAGGGCAUCCUCCAAUGUCUUCUCCAACUUUGAGCAGACCCAGAUCCAGGAGUUCAAGGAGGCGUUCACACUGAUGGAUCAAAACUGAGACGGGUUCAUCGACAAGGAGGACCUGGAUGACACCUACGCCUCCCUGGGCAAAACCAACGUCAAGGACGACGAGCUAGGUGCCCUUCUCAAGGAGGCCUCAGGGCCCGUCAACUUCACCAUGUUCCUCAACCUGUUUGGAGAGAAGCUGAAUGGUACAGACGCCAAGGAGACCAUCCUAAACACCUUCAAGAUGCUUGACCCCGAAGGCAAAGGCAGCAUCAACGAAUACAUCAAACAUCUGCUGAUGUCCCAGGCCGACAAGAUGACCAAGGAAGAGGUCGAUCAGAUGUUCCAGUUCGCUGCCAUCGAUGCCACAGGCAACUUGGACUACAAGGCCCUGAGUUACGUGAUCACCCAUGGGGAGGAGAAGGAGUGAGGCCCACACCCAGGGUCUCCUCAGCUGUGGCUACUCAAUAAAUGUGGACCCCCAAACCUGCGCCUGCAGUGUCUGCCUGGGGUGGAGGGAGUCUCCUGGUGCAUGCC